GCCCUACUCUCCCUGAAGGAGCUGGUGUUCCUCGAUCCAGCUCUAUCAUUGGAAGUGUAAUUGGAAGAACAACAGAAGGAGGUGAAGGAGAGACAAGGGUUGGGAGGGAGGGACAUGGACAAACGGUAUUACACGUGCUCCAAACUUGGUUGCAGCUGGGAUUAAAGGAGCAGACCCAAAACAACAGAGGUGGUCUGGAAAGGUAGAAAGGGGGUGGGGUGGGGGGAGAGAGAGCACCGAUCAACAUACAUGCGUAAGGAAGGAGCUCUAUGUGCUGGGGGCAGCAAGGGAGAAUUUACAGAAGGGCAGGAAGGAAGAGAGGGACAUUGCAACAUGCAUGUUCAGAUCAGCAUAUAUGUUCAUGGAAGGAGCUCCGUACACCAGAGGGCAGCAGAAGGGAAAUGCGUGGAACCAGGUAUCUUCAAGCUGGAGAACUGGAGAAGCAGAGUACAGAAAGAGGGAUACAGAGAGAUUGUUUUUGUAUUUCAGCUCUUGGUGAUGGUAUAUUAUCUAUUUCAUUUAGUUAUGCCUGCUCGCAUUUUAGAUUGCCCCAUUUUGAUGAAUUUUAAUACUUUCCUUUUUAAUUAGCUUUUCCCCUUUCCUCCCACCCUGUAUGAACAGCUUUGGAGAGGCAUUGGGGAAUGAAUGAUUGAGAUUGAAAAGAUGCAGCUUGUCAAUGAUUGCUGGCAGCUGUUUUUGUCACAGGCCUAUGGCACUGCUGCUUCUCUGGCCUCUUCUCUUAAGGAAAUACCACUUACCGUAUUUUUCACUCCAUAAGACGCACCUGACCAUAAUACGCACCUAGUAUUUAGAGGGGGAAUGCAAGGGAAAAAAAAUUCUUUAAAGGGAGCGCUGAGCAGAGCCUGUAUGCAUCCCAGGCUCUGCUCAGCGCUCCCUUUCACAAGCUGUGUGGAGCGUGUAUGCUGUGCUUGCAGGCUUUUCCCCAAGGAGGGAGAAGGGCAGCCCGUCACUGAUGGGUUGCCCUUCUCCCUCCUCAGGGAAAAGCCCCCAAGAGCUGCACACACGCCCUGCGCGGCUCUUGGGGGCUUUUCCAGGAGGUGAGGGAAGGGACUGAGGGGCUAAGCCAGAAGCUAGAACAGCAAGAGGGAGCACUGCGCAGCGAUCCCUCUUGCUGUUCCGGCUUCUGGGAUAGCUGCGCAGCCUGCAUUCGCUCCAUAAGACGCACACACAUUUCCCCUUACUUUUUAGGAGGGGGAAAGUGCAUCUUAUAGAGCAAAAAAUACGGUAUUUUGGAACAGGGCUGCUCUACCAUGCAACCUAGGGCAUGAGUCUAAUUUCUGAAGGUUCCCCCUCCAGUUAGGGUUGGAGGUCCUUUCAUGGCCCAAGAUCUGCACCAAUGAGCAAGGAGUGAUAAUACUUAGAUCUGUGUCAAUAAAAACUUCACACUGCUGAUUUCUGCAUAUCCAAACUCUUUUAAAGUGAUAAAAACAAGACACAUUGAUUAUGAUUAUUUUCUAGCCAGUUUACAAGUCUAGCUCCAAAACAUUUGUUAACACACGACAUAUCUGUUGGGAUACUUUGCAAACCUUCCAUCCAUGUCUUCCUUUAAACAUGCCUUCUUGAAAGAUUUCCCCCUAGUGAAAUUGUGAAAUUGUGAAAUUGUGAAAUUGUGAAAUUGUAACUAAUUCCUGGGAGCUUGCAGCUGCCACAGAUUACAACCGUGGGAAAGGAUUUGUGACCUUGCAGGACAAUGUCUUCAGAAACACUGUUGGGUGCUCUCUGCAAAAUAAAUGCCCUAUUGGAUCAGUUAAGCCAGAAGACAGAUUUGAUGACUAAUGCGGCCAGAACCUUUGAACAGGUAGUGGAAAUUACAUGGAGCCCACCCAGGAGCUAAAACAGGAGUGUGCCAUGACAGAACAGCUGAGAGAAGAGGAUGCUGCUGAAUCUUGGGCGCCAGAGACGGAGGGAGCUGCGCCCAGCAGGAACAUAAAUUUUGGAUUUGACAAAUGAACUUGGAAAACCAGACUUGGAAAGAUAAAGUUUGGUUUGGUUUGGAAAUGGGAGUUGGACAGACCCCUAUACAGGGAGAUUUGGACUUUCGAGUCUGGCAAUGGGCCAUCAGAUGUUUGGAGCUGUGGGGCUCUCAAUUUUGGAGGGAAUCUGAAACAUGUUUUAAAUACCACAUGGAGUCUAGCCUGGACUAUGGAAAAGGGCUGAUUUGUUGAAAGGGUCAAAAGCAUUACCAAGCUGGAGUUCCACAAAUGAAAGGAAAAUAUGAAGAAGAGCUGCAGAAGGGACAUGGAAGAGACUUGAGGGCUUCGGAUAUAAGAUUACCAGGUUAAUGUGCUAGAUUAAUAAGAUAAAAAGGACUGACAAAACCCGGGACCAGGAGGAAGGGACGCUGGAUGAAGAUUGGAUUGUUUAUUUCUUUUUUAUCAUUAGGAUUGUUCUAUAAAAUUGAUGAAUGCUAGAAAAAUGUUGAAAUGAAAUUACUUGGCUCUUGUAAAAAUGUCUAAAGAAUUUGGUAAGAAUGUUAUGGCUAGGAGAAGUUGGUAAAAAUAAGAUUUAAGUUUUAAACUUUAAGGUUUUCUAUAAGAUAACAUGAAAAUAGAUUAAGGUAAUGUAAUGACAGAAUACUAUGAAUUAUGGAAAGGAUUUGCUGUGAUUAUUAUUAAUCAGGAUACAAGAAAAGGGAGGAGGAGGAGGUCAAAGAAAGAAGGUAUUGAAAGUGGAGAAUUUGAGAAUGAUGGUUUUAUUUUUUUUAUUUUUUUCUGUCUUGCCUUUUUUUUGUGUGUAAUUUAAAAAAAUAAAUAAACAUGCCUUCUUGAAAGGAGGGAAAUCUUUUGCUAGAGAUAAACUACGGACUGUUCUUGAAUGUGGAAGGUAAAUGGUGUUUCUGUGCACUCUGGUUUCCAUCAUGGUGUUCUCCCUUGGUGGCGGCGGCAGCGAUAAGUUGGUGCAUGGUUCGGGGUGUGUCUCUGCUUCGUUAUUUGUAUAGCUCCAGAGGCCUCCAGGUCCCAGAGCUUUGUUGGGGCGCUCUAGGUCCCCAUGGGAUAAUGAUCUGGAGGAGGAGGCUCUGUGCGGCCUCUUCGCUUGUUGUUUUGGAUGCCCUGGGCUCCCCCUUUGAUUGCGUUGGUGGUGGUUGAAGGUGGCGCAGGGACCAGCCAGGCAGCUUGGUUGGUGCUGGCAGUCCCUAGGAGUUCAACGCAGCAAUGGCGCUCACCAUCUUGCCUUGCCAGAAGUCCUCCUCCACAGCUGACUCUAGUGUUAUUUCCAUUCCCCAUCCAGCCACACCAACUUGCAGGUCUUCCAGGACUGAUAGCAAGACAGUUCAUGCCCUAUUACAGAAAAUAACCAGUGCUGAGAGUCGAGUGGGGGAGGAGAGAAAUAAAGCCUGAACUAUCAUCAAAUUCCGCAUGUUCAACGCACACAUGUAUCCAUGCACAUGCACAAAACAACAUUAAGCUGACUGUGCAUUAAGCUGACAAACAGUUUGAACCCCAGCAGGAACUUGUUCCCAAGCCAAGUGUGGAAAGGUGGAUCAGAUAGAGCUGUGAACUUGAGACCCUGCCAUGCAUAUAUAAUCUGUGCCUUUCCUAUGUUUACUCUCUCCCUGCUCUCUCUCUCUCUCGCCUUCCUGGAAAGAUGCUUGCUUCCUUGGGCUUGGUGGCUACCCUCCUUGCUCUCGGAACUUGUGCCCCUUUGCAAAGGGCAAGCAACCGCAGCAAGCUCCUUUUGGUUUCCUUCGAUGGUUUUCGGUGGAAUUAUGACCAGGAUGUGGACACCCCCAAUUUGGAUGCCAUGGCUUAUGAUGGGGUGAAGGCUCGCUACAUCACACCUCCCUUUGUCACCCAGACGAGCCCUUGCCACUUCACUCUGCUUACAGGUGAGUGCCCGGUCACUUGGGAGAGAUGAGGACAGGACAGUGGGGCCCUAGGAAGCAGAAGUGGCAGCUCUUUAAGGACAGGAGCCAUAAUGCUAAAGGCUCAGUUUGGGGUGCAUUUUAAGCGAACCUCUUGGACAUGCAUUACUCUUAGCACUGCCCCACCUGAGACCUGGCCCCAUGUUGUUUAAGGCUAAAAAUGUGAAGGGCAAAACCUGUGACAUGGGCUGAUAAGAAUUGAAGUCCAAAACAGCAUCACCUUCCUAGACUCCUUGCUGUGCUGGAUUCUCAAGAGCCAGGUCAACCAUCAGUGACACACUGGCAUGUGGAUCCAAGGGUGGCAACUAAGCCACAUCCAUGGGAAUUAUUUGGCAUCAGUUUCUGUGAUGCUGGAACAGGCAUAGGUGAGAUAGCAGUUGGCCCAUAGCAGAGGGCAAAGAAGAAACAUAGGCAGGGGAAACAGAGCAAAAUGAGCCUGAGAAGAAGGGGACAUAGCAAUUUCAUGCUGGCAACAAUCUACUGGAAGAAUAUCUAGAAUUGAGGCUGAUCUGCCCCAAGAAGGUUCUGCACCAGUCUCCUGCCGAUUAUAAGACAGGGAGUCCAUCAGAGUCUGCAAAGUUCAAGGGCUAACUUGGGAAGAUCCUACCAUUUGCAAAGACUUGACUGGUCUGCAGCUGAGGGAUCUGAAUGUUUGGGUCUCCAGCUGUCUUCAGUAAUGGAAGUUGCUGGAAACCACAGGAGGUGGGAGUGCUCUGGUGCUCAAAUCCUGCUUGCAGGUUUCUCACAAGCAUCUAGUUGCCAGACAGGAUGCUGGACUAGGUGGGUCAUUGGCCUGAUCCAGCAGGCUCUUCUUAAUGUUCUUAUGGAAGGGACUCUGACACAGUGGCCCCUGGGGAUGAGUUCCCAGUCCAGCAAGUACGGCAAAUGGAGAUGCACCCACCCACUCCUACUAGCAGACAGCUUGUAACUAAUGCCAAGUUCGACUCUCCCCUGGCAGGAAAGUACAUUGAGAACCAUGGUGUGGUUCACAACAUGUGGUACAAUGUCAGCACCGGACAGAAGCUUCCUUAUUACAACACACAGGGGAAGUCUGAGUGGUGGGAUAAUGGCAGCCUCCCCAUCUGGAUCACAGCACAAAGGCAGGUAAGCCAUAAACCCACAACACUUCUACGGAACAAAAUGGGGGCCCUCUUCUGGAACUUGCCACUGAAAGAAACAGACAGACAGACAGACAGACAGACAGACAGACAGACCAACAAGUUCCACAUUCUCAUGAAGUUAGUUUUGCAUCUACCUCUGCAUCAUUUUCAUCAAGCCCAUCCCUGGUCUGGCUAAGUAAAGCAUCCAGGCACAUACCAUCUUCACAGACAUUGGUAAUAUCACAGGUUUUUCUUAAGUAGGGAUGGGGGGAAGCUGGUGCCCUCCAGGCUUUGUUCUCAGUGGCCAGGCUGGCUGGGGCUGUUGGGAGAGGGAGCCCAGCAACAUCAUCCCAAUUCCCAUCACCCCUGGCCAUUGGUCCUGCUAGCUAGGGAUGACGGGGGUUGUAGUCCAAAAAACAGCUGGAGACCCAAGUUUGGGAAACACUGAGAAGCGUCACAGGUUCCCCCAACCCUGUCCUAAAACUACUAUCUUAAAAUUAAUUGGAGAAUCAGCCCGUUGAAGAAGUUUUUAGGAAUUCAUUACCACGGCCAGAAGACUUGGAGAAAGGUUGUCAAAGAAGUUUCUGUUGAAGGGCCUUCCCUCAAGGGGUAGAAACAUUGGGCCCUUUGUUGAAGGGCCUCCCCCCAAGGAGCUGGACAUCAGAUGAGCCCCCAUCAUGUAUCAGGAUGGCAAAGUGAUGGAUGUCAGGAACUGGCCUCUCUGUGAUUAUGGCUACCAAAGCACACAUCACGAUGACAGAGGCCACACAUACGGCAAGAAAUCUCGGGAGAACUGCUGUAUAUCUUUGUGCUCGGUGCCCAGAGACACAAUAUGACAUAUGGAUGCCUUCCUUUGAAUCAUCUCCCGGUGGAAGCCAAGCCACCAUGUGUUGGGGCAGGAUCUAUGGGCCUCUCCAAAAAGGUGCACUCUGGACUUGAUGGUUUCACAGGGGGUCUCUUCUUUAGAUGGUGAUGCCUAUUACUUCACCUACUUCAAAAUCUGGCCAGCCAGCCCAGCUGAAUUUGAGGGUCUUCCUGUUCAUUUCCCUGAUGGGGACUGGACUGGACUGCCCUGAUCCUAGAGCAACACUUUCCUUCUGCUGCAUGCAGUCAUACACACACCCACAGACCACCCCAGUAAAGGACCCAAACUGACAUUGCAUGCAGUUAUGAGUUUCUUUCCACAUAUGGUUUUAUUUAAUGAAUGAAUGAAUAAUAAAUAUUUGUUUCUGCUUUGCUUAGCAGACAAACAGAUGCAUGGGGGGAAAGGAAGAGCUUUACAGAGGCACUUAAGCCUCAUCCACCUGCAUCACUGGAUGCUCUGGCAAGCCCUGAGCUGCCCAGCUUUGUGCUGGCUUUUGAGGGUUCACCCUAUACUACUGGCAAUGCGUUUCCAAGGCUUUCUCUGCAAUCUUGAGGGCUAAAGAUUUAGGAUGCCCAAUUGUGCACCCAAGGCCAGAGAACCUGUGUUUGCAUCAUAUGCAGCUCGGAUCAAUUAUUGUGCCAGUUUCUAGGUCUGUGAUUUUUCAUCCUAGGGUUUGAAGACAGCCUCCCUCUUCUUCCCUGGGGGAAAUGCCACCUAUCAUGGAGAGCAGGUGAUGGUGAAGAGGGUGGAGAAACUCUUUCACAAGUACAACAACGAGACCGAGUGGAGGCAGAACAUUGACAUAGUCAUGAAGUGGUUCCUCGAGGAAAACCUUGACUUCGUCGCCCUUUACUUUGGUGAGCCCGACUCCACUGGACACAAAUAUGGCCCAGAAUCCCAGGAGAGGAAAGACAUGGUCAGCCAGGUGGACCGGACGGUGGGUUACUUGAGGCAGCGCCUUGAGGAGACAGGCCUGAGCUCAAACCUCAACAUGAUCAUCACAUCUGACCACGGCAUGGAAACGGUGAUAAAAACAGAUGAAAUUCACCUUCAGAAAGUGCAGAACUUCUCUUUCCAGGACAUUAAGUUUGAGCUGGUAGACUAUGGGCCACAUGGUCUACUGGAACCAAAGCCAGGGAAACUAGAACAAGUUUAUGAAGCCCUGAAAAAUGCUCACCCCAAGCUCCACGUCUACAAGAAGGAGGAAUUCCCCAGGAGGUUUCGUUAUGCCAACAACACACGGAUCACGCCUCUUGUGCUAUAUGGUGACCCCGGCUACGUGAUCCAUGGGGUAUGUAUGGUCUUAUCCACUGUACUUCCAGCUUAUCUCUUUUCUUUCCUUAUUCUGUCUUCUGUUUUGUGCAUGAGAAACAGAAGGGAAGUCUACUUAGGAGGGCAGGGGGAAGCACAGACAGCAAUGUUUCGGUGCAUGAAUUGGAGUCCAAAUAGCACCUUCCCACACUGGCAGACUUUGGGCUUUCAGAUUUCAGUGGCGACCUGUGUGACGCUAAAAUUCGGCAUCCCCACUCCCCACAUCCCCAUUCUACAUCAUUGUUGCAGCACCCUCUGCAGCAUAAGUACAGGCAAACCAGUCACGUUCCCCUAAAUCCACCACUGCAAGGGCCAACACUUGAAAAAGUCUUGUUUGACAGCAAUCCCUGUCUUCUUUUAUCUCCUUGAUGGUGCUGCCUAAAGCAGUCACUUCACCCUGCUGCCUAGCAAAGCCAGUCCUAGUAGUAGAUGUCCCUUUGUGCAUUCUGGCAAAACAGUUCUCUGUUUCUGUCUGCUUGUAAUCCUUGCUUUCCAUUCCCACCGAACAAGCAUGGAUGCAUCCUGUCCACCUAGUGAUAUGUGGUGGUGGAGUCACCAGAACUGACCUUCCUUGGCCUCACUUUUCUCAUGCUGUCUUUCCUUCUGAAGAAAGACAAGAGUAGGAAGAGGGUUGCCACUUCUAUGGCCGCCACCUAAGGCUGCCUUUGAACUGAGCUCUGCUCUUGUAAUUUAUAUGUUCCCAUCUCCUGUGGUAAGCUCCCCAAAUCCAUUCUGUUGACCAAGGAAUCUGAAAGAAAGGGCUAGUUCUGAAAUCCUGGUUCUUGUGGGAAACUUUGAAUCGGGAAUAUGGAUCCAGUUGAGCAAUAUGAGAGCCUUUGCAACAUAACAUAGCCUAGCGGUUAAUUAUGGUGAUAUCCCGUCAAUAUUUAUGCCCCCCUGUUUUGUUUCUAGUGGAGGUAUUGAUGUAAAUAUGACAGGUUGACUGUUUCACGUGGCAUUUACACGGAACCAGAUGGGUUCAAUACAUUUUUUAAAAUUGGGUUUAUAUUAGAAAUUUUGCUUAAACCAGAUUUUUAACAAUUUAGUUAUAGUAAAUGUUUAACAUGUUUGUAUUCACACACACACACGCCUUAACUUCAAUCAUCUCUCAAACAGAUCAAGUUAAAGUACAUUUUAUGUUAUAUUUAUUACAGUGGUCUUCCUAGUGGACUCAGGAACUAGCAAGUUAUCACAAGGAGAGGCUAUGAAGGGAUCUACACUCAUGGUUUAUAACAUUAAGAAAGGGUUAAGGAAAUAAUUUCAAAAAUGUAAGCAACAUGUUAUGUGUUGCUUAGAACAUUAACAAUGCAUUAUUAAAAUGUGACACCAGAAGGCGCUGCAGAGCAACCAUGAACCAAUAGUAAGGGAAACUGCGGAGGUAAUGAACAUUUUUUAGCAGUAUGCCCUGUGACGUUUUAGAAGGAUAUAGCUAAUAUCGUUCUAAAAACAUUAAAAAGGUCAAUGUAGAUCCAACCUAUUUUGAAUAUCAGAGUUCAUAUGGAUGACCUCAUGCUUUUAUUUUAUGUCAUCCUGAUUUUUGCAGUUGUUACAUUAUGGAUACUUAGGACUCUACUAAGGAAGUGUCGCAUUGAGAGAGCUUCCUGUCUCAUUCAGAGAAACAAUUUUGCCCCGUAAUUAGCAGCUUUUGCUUAUGGAUACUUACAGCCCAUUCCCAUGCAUACAUACACACUCAGAAGCAAGUGUCACUUUGUUCAGUGGGUGCACUUCCUAUAAGCUUGCAAAGAACUGCAGUCUCGCAGCACAAUCUCAUGCAUGUUUAGCCAGGAGUAAGCCCUGGCUGUGUUCCAUCAGGAUUCUUCCUUAGAGGCUAUGAUUGCAGACUCACUCUUCAAACAAGACCUUGCUUAGUAUCCUUACAGGUGUAUAGAGACAAACAGAAAUCUGUCUCUUAUCUGCCAUGUACAUGGACUGCACAGCCAGAGGUUGUGCUCUUAGGUUGUAUGGAGGCACUCUUAAUUGCAAAGCAAUACACUGGGUUAUAGCAGCCAGGUAGUAUGCAUAUUUGUUCAGGAAAUAUAAAGCUCUCAGUUUUGAAGUUCAUUUCUCAAUUACUGCGAAGCUAGCUUAGGGGACACAAGGCACAUUUCAAAUAGCUCACUUUUGUCCUACCCACUGUGCCUAAUGGUAGGGCUGGCCCUGAUAUACAGCACAACAGAUGAAAAAUGUGCUGUUUCGUUGCUUUGUUACCGCAUAGGAAAGCUGGGGAAGUACCAAGGCAAAAUGUGCAGUAGGUUAUGCCCUGUCCUUCCUUUUCAGAGAAUCAAAGUGCAAUUCAAUAAAGGUGAACAUGGAUUUGACAAUGAGGUUAUGAACAUGAAGACUAUAUUCCGAGCUGUGGGACCAGCCUUUAAGAAAGGUCUGGAGGUGGAUCCUUUUGAAAGUGUGAAUAUUUAUGCCCUGCUUUGCGAACUCCUGGAGAUUACACCUGAGCCACAUGACGGAUCCUUAAGUGUCACACAGAACAUGCUGGCCAAAAAUGCAGGUAUGAUUUUGCUCCUUAGGAAACUUUCAGUAGAACUGCAACCAAAGCAUUCAAGGAUGCAACCAACAAACGGGUCAAUUAACUGAUUAAAUCCAAACUGGUAAAUUCUGAUGAAUAAGGUCAGCGCUGUAGAAUUUCAGCGACAUCCAUAGAAAGUCCCUUAUAUCAGACUUUUCCAACCUGGUGCCCCUGCAGAAGUUUCGAAAUACAACUCCCAUAAUUCCUGAACAUUGGCCAUGCUGGCUGGGGCUGAUGGAAGCUGGGAGUUCAAAGCAUCGGGGGGGGGGGGGGAGGGUGUUACUAGCAUGGCUAAGGAUGCAUUACCUGAACCAUCAAACCCCAGAUAUUGUGCUGUUUUAUAGACCAGAAUUGACUCCUAGGGUGGUACCCACUGUUAGUCGUAUAUUGAUUUCAAUGGAUGUGUUCUAGCUAAGGAGCUGUAAUCAUCAUCAUCCUUUAUCAUAGGAGUAGGAGGGAUCUGCAGCCCUCCAGAUAUGGGGCUUUGAUUCUCACUGGCCCCAGGCAGCGUGGCCAAUUGCUAAGAGUGAUGCAAUUUGUAGCCGAACAACCUCUGGUGGACCACACUUGCUUCAGGCACCAAAGGACUUCUGUGCAUUAUAAUGACAUUUGACAUGGAGAAAUGUAAAAAAAAAUAAUGGGUCCAAUACAGAACACAUUUACUUUUCCUACAUACUGAGCUGAAAUGUUGCCCAAAAUGAACAUUUCCCCCUCUAAACCACACAGGCUAGUCUACUCUGCAGCCAGUGAGUUGGGAUCAGGUUACCUGAGCAUUCAACAGCAUUCAGUACUAGCUACUAUGAAGAGGGGUGUAGAAAAGCAGAAGGAAAUUGAGGAGGACCUUCAGCCUGGUUCCCCAACAUUAGCUCUACAGCAGGCACACCAAGCAGUAGCCUAUUUUAACUAAUAACUAUUAACAAGGUAAUCUGCAAAUGAGUGCCAUCCUCCCCAAACUCAAUGACGCUGCUUCUUUCACAGCUCACUCCAAUAAGCCUCAUGUUGUAAUUGAAGGCAGAAAUUAAAACAAAAAACUCCUUCUAUUAUUUGAUGGCUGCUGGGGGGUUUACCAGUCAUAGGGCUCUCUGCUAUUUCUGGGGCAGGCUCUCCUCCCAGUUGCAUUUUACUAAAGCUCAGAUAGGUCAUGCAACUUGGAAUAAACAACCAGACAUCUCUCAUUGGAGAGUAGCUGUGAUCUGUCAGAUGGCCUAUAGAGUGGUUGGAAACCCCCCCCCCCCACUUCCAGGAAGGUGGUAGAGCAGAUUUGGAGGUCACCCAUGAGGCAAAACAGAGAGGUUGAAAAGAGCUCGUUAGCAAGGGAUUGAUUAAAUGGUCCCAUGGAUAACAUCCCCAAGGACAUGAGGUUUCAAUCAAAGGUAACCUUUGCUGGCAAUAGGCAGAAGACCCCAUAAAAUGUGAACUCUUAAGUUUGUCUUAGCAUACUGGCAUGGUAUUAGUUUUGAAAGUAAUGACCAUGGUUUCCAUCUAUGAGAAUAACCCUCAGGCUUGCAUGCUGCUCUCUUCAUCUCUUCCCUGUGUGCCUGGGACAUUUGAACUUACGGAACUGUGGCUUGUUUCAACUAUGGCUUCAGAACAUAGCCAGGAUCUGAAGCCACGGUUUGUUCCUGGCCCUCUUACUGAUGUCCUUUCUCCAUGUUGCAUGUCCAUUAAAUGCACAGAGGUGCUUUCACACAGUGCAAUCCUAAGAAGGGCUACUUCGGAAGUAAAACCUACUGAGUUCAAGGGGACUUGCUCCCUGCCCUCCAGCUCACAUGAUGGUUAAAACACUUAGGUCUCUCUCUGUGCCCUUCCCAUCACCAUGAACACUCUCCUGGAUUUUUUUCCUGAUCUCUGUGCUUCUAUCUACAGGCGCCUCUUUGGAAUGUGAGUAUUGCAAUGGAACAAACAACUGCACGGGUCUGAAGCGGCCUUGUCCCAGUGGCCAAGAUGCCUGUUCAAUCUCUCUGCUUGAAGUCCCCAGUUCAAAAGACAAAAAAAUAAGCAAGAGCUGUGCAUCCUCCGAGACCUGCAAAUUGGGAUUGAUCGAGGUGACUCAUGGCAAAGGGAAUUUCAUGCGGGAAAGCAUCACCUGUUGCAAGGAGAUUGACUGCACACCGGCCACUCCUACGUUUCCACCACAGAGCACCAAGCCCAAUGGAAAGUCUUGCCCGGGCUGCUUUUCUCCCACAGGAAAGUGUACCGCAGAAGUGGUGGAUUGUACUGGCUCAGACACUUACUGCGUUAGUUUUGUUACAUCGACAGACGAGAAUGUCAUAAACUACAACAUGAAGGGCUGCAUAAGUGAAUCUUCCUGUGGCCUGUUAAAAACACACAAAGAGGGUGUUUUUGGUAACAACGGUCCUAUAAAGAAUGUAACAUGUACCCAAGCCAACAAUACUUCUACUUCUCUCUCUCCCUCAUUUGGAUUCCUCCUCCUGGCUCUCCUCCUGAUUACGCUUCUCUUGUAACAAGCCGCUUGCAGCAUCUCAACACCACUUGUUUUGCGUUUCAAAAGGAAUUUGCCUUCUUUUUCAUUUUUUCACUGAGUGAAAUAAAUAAAAAGUUGAAAAGGAA